UAUUGGUGUUUAUAAAAACAGCAUUAUACGCGCCAGAAAAGAAAAAAAACAGUAUAAUAAAAUACAAUUUAUUAAGUUUUGUAAUUAUGAUUUACUUAAACGAAAUGAGUGAUGAAGAAUUUACGCCAUUUCUCCAUAGCCUAGGUGUAGAUACUUACAAAAAAUCCUUUGAAUGGAUGUUAAACGAUCCAGACUUCUCUGCUGUUUUGCGGUGGAUUUAUAAAAACCUGGAUCAAAAUAACGCUUUAAGUGAACGAGAGGAGUACAGAUAUGCAGAAUUAGAAUCCAAGGGAAAAUUAUUGCCACCGAAUGAAUUGGAGGGUAAAAUUAUUUCUAUUCAAAACGAAUUCGAAGGACUUUGCCUACCAGGAGAUAAGGAUUCAUUAGAAGACAUUAAACUUGAUAUCAGCAUGCAGAAAGAAAAGUUAAUGAUGUUGGAAAAACAAGAGAUCAUUCUUAAGGAACUGACAGCACAGAAUGAAUCAACAAAAGAAGAAUUAACAUUGGAACUGACUAAGUUAAAUGCCGCUCUACAGCAAUGUGCAGAAGAUGAAAAAGAAGCUGGUGAGGAGUGUAUACAGUUGGCGGAGGAAGAGGAAUCUAUUUUCAAUGAUGUUAUCAACAUUAUAGGUGAUGUGUUGAACAUUUAUGGAAAUUGUGCUGUAGAUAAGGAAUUAUCCAAAAGAUUUUUCACAUUUGGUCCUUUUGAAUCAUACAGACAAUCCCAAGCUCUAUUUAAGUCACACUUUGAUUUGUACACAUCAAAGAAGUUUAACAAGAAGCAAAAUGAUAGUAUCAACGAAGAAGACUUAAGGACUGCUUUAGCCGAAGCUAAGAAUAUGGAACGAUGGCUUUCAGAUGCAGUAUACUCUUACAUAGAAACAAAAGGAGAGUUGUGUGGCGAGCAAGCUAAGCUGCUGCUUAUUUCCAACUAUAAUCAUGUUCAUCCAAGUCAAAUAACUGUAUGUGCGAUGGAAGCCCAGAGUGCUGUAGAGCUGUUGGAGCAAGAAGAGUCAAUAUUGGAGCAGCAGCUACAGACUGCCAUUAAACACUAUGUAGAUAGACGUACCAGGUUGGCCGUGGAGAUGACUGCUAGAUCUGCGUUGUCUGUUAGAGAGGCGGUGCAGGCGGCGCUGGUGGCGGCGCGCGCGUGGUGCGGGCGCGCGUUGCGUGCGGACGCGGUCGUGUACGGCGCGCUGCGGCGCGAACUGCGUGCGGCCGAGGAGCUACUGCACUUCGCCGCCGAGCUGCGAGACCACGCGCACACACGCGCGCCUACCGCCGCGCGCACGAAAUCAAUGAAUGCCAUAUGCGCGGAACAAGAAGCCGCUGAGAAAGAACUACAGUCAUCAAAUACUUUACUCGCUACACUAGUCUCUAUACUUGGUUCGGAGCCCAGUAACGAUACCCUACUACCUAUAAAGCUCUACAAUGAGUUACUAAAUAAUAUUCAAGAGUUGAAUGAUAAUAUAAAUGAAGGUUACAAGUCGAAGGAAGCAGAUUUAGCUCAAAUUGAAUCCUCUGCGAAACCAUUGAGAGAUUACAUCUGGGAUGGCUGCACGAAGCAACCUAACUGCUAUGAUAGAAGUGUUUCCGCUAUGAGUCACUCGUUGAGAGAGGAGAUGAGCGCUGUAGACACUAAGGUUAUUAAAACUAGCGGUUUAUUUAAUACUAUAAAGAGUAGUGACAAAUACAACCUGAGGAAGUUUUGGCAAUGGUUCCUUACAGAUCAAGCAAAGUUACUUUCAAUAAUUAAAAGUAUCCAAAGAAGCUAAAUAAGACUUAUUAUGUAGUAUAAUAUUAAUUUUAUUUUAAAAAUUUUUGAUAAAUAAAACACUGAAUAACUAUAAAAUGUAUUUAUUAAAAAUAAUAAAAUAGGAAAAUUAAUUAUUAAUAAAUUAUAAAUAAAAAUCACAAUAAUCGUUAAAGUUAAAGCGAUAUAUUUACAAAACAAUCACAACCGAUCGGAGCACCGCCUUAUAUACAAUAUUAUUGUAAAUUCGUUACUUGAAAAUUCUAUCAUCAAAUUUUAUUGAUUUGUCAAUACUAACAAUGACCAUGAGAAAAUCUUAAGAAGAUAAGUCACAAUGAAGAACAAAAAAAUAAAACUCAUUUUUGUACA